AAAGAUAAGAAAGUUCAUUUUUUUCUAAAAUGGAAUAUGUUGAUUGAGCUUGUUUUGACAUUGCUUUGGAAAUCAUAUAAAUAAAGUCAUUCGAUACACGAGAUAAUACUAAAAAAAUGCAUGUUCAAACAAACCAAUGAAGGAAGUAAUCCAUUUAUUGCACGAGUUAACCACAAAGCAAAAGUGAAAGUAGGAAGUUCCCAUAAUGUUUGGAAGUCCCCGGAAUUUCUGUUCUUGAAAUGACUUCAGCAAUAUUGACUGUUCACUUACGAUUUACAUUAAGAAACAGGAUGUAUGAUAGCAUUAGAGAAACUACACCAUUAAGGUCUUAAUACAGGAUGCAUCAUAACACUGGAGGUGGUGGGCCCCACAAUGCCUCAGAAUUAUCCACGGAUGGAGAUUAUUCAUCGAGGCAACCAAAAAUACAGACGCAUCUAGCCUAUCAAAAGAACCAGUUUCCAGUGAACUUAGACUUUGCAGUUUUUAACAACUCAAUGGAUCCCAGAAGUUUUCCACAUUCUUCUCCAGGCUCCAUGUCAAUGGAUACCAAAAGAAGGGAACAAAGGAUGGCUGACCUUUGGUCCCAUAGCAACGGAGUGUCACAAAGUCAGUUCUUGUCAGUUGUUAGAGAAUUAAAGAGAACCCAAAAUGCUUUGAAGGAAGCGCUUAAAAAACCAGGCAAAGGAGAUCAGCCAAUUGAAACUACGAGUACCCUUUUGCUGGAGAGUCGAGUAAAAGCUCAGCAGAUUGAGAUCUGUGAACUCAAACAAAGAAUCGAGAAUCUCCAAGUCCACAAAAAGCAGCUGAAAAACAAUAUUGAGGGAAUUUCUGUAGCCCCCUCCUCCAGUUCUUUUGAAAUAUCCAGAACAAGCAGAGAAAAUAGUUUUUCAAAGGAGGAGGCUGAGUUUAGUAGGAGGGAAAAACAGCUGCAGGAUGAAAUCAACAACUGGAAACAAAAAGUGGAAAACCUCAGGAAGGAAAAUAAUGAGAUGAAAGAAAGCUGUUCAAGGUUAGAAAAAAGUUUAGAGGAAGGAAAAAUGUCUUCAAUUCAGAGAUUGACAGAACUCACUAAAGAAAAUGCAAUGUUUACUAAAAGAUUAGCAGAGGCAGAGGAAAUUCAGAAAAUCCUCCUUGAUCAGGUACAGCAGUUGAACUAUAGGCUUAAGGAGGAGACUGAGAGGCUACAGAAAAUGGAGGAAAGUUAUAAACAGGCCAUUCAGGAUAAAAAUGUGUACGAGCAACGAAUUGCAGAAAUGAAAGCGUGCCAAGUUCAGGAGACCAAUCCUAUAUAUAGAAGCCCCAAAACAGUUGCUCAUGGGAGCUAUGAGAAGCCCGUAAGUGGUAGAACUCACAGGACGGUGGAAGACUUGCACGAAGCUCUAAACGAGUUUAGGAGGCAGCCCAGUCACAACCCGCGAACUUACAGGUGUGAUAGGUGCUACGAGGAGUUCACCUCAGAGGAGGAUCACUUACAACACAUUCAAAAGUGCUACGAUUGAUGGAAUAUCUGUUUGAAUCACUCGGACUACUGCUUCUUCCACUUUUAUUAUGUGUGUCAGUAAAUAUGACUGUUGUAUAUUUGUUAUUAAUGAAUCAUUAGCAUCCAUAUUUCACUACUUUGAGAUUUUUAUCAAAUUGGCAUACACUCAUUAAUAUACAGAGAGAGAGAGAGAGAGAGAGAGAGAGAAUCAAAUUGGCAUACACAUUAAUAUACAGAGAGAGAAAAAGGGGAAGAGAGAGAGAGUACAAUGGAUGAUAUAUAUGUGGAAACUGGUACAUGUAAUUAUUUCGUAAAAUAGUUGAUAUGUGUUGGCCUGUACUACUUAUUUUAAAAGACCAUUGUUUUACUUUAUCAUAUACGUGUAUUUUUAAUAUCUUAUUUUCAUUCACUGAAAAUAUAUUUAUAAAAGUUUUUACCAAAAACUGUGAAAACAUAUGGUUUCCACACUCGUAAAAAGCAAACAGGACAUGGUGCACAAUGACUCCACAAUGAUUUGUGAAUUAACAACUACACCCAAUUUUUUUUCUGUUUCUUGAAAAAAAACCAACUAAUGUUUAAAUAGUAUUUAAAAAGUCAAAUCUAUUGUCUGUAUAUUCAACAUUGAUUAACACUAAUAUUAGUGACAUUGUUUUUCAGUGAAUAAAUUUGUACACUGUAAAAUGA